UACAUUUAUAAGAAAGUACAUAUUUAUUACAUAGAUAUGAAUCGAAAGCAAAACGCGAAAGAAGAAAUUCAUUCACACGCCACGGUUUAUCCAACGGGCACCAAGUUUAUUGGAUACUAUAAUGACCUGGGCAUGCAGAACUUUGGUCUCUAUACAUAUCCAGAUGGCACAAAAUACUUGGGUCACUUUUAUAACAAUCGUUUCCAUGGCGAUGGAACCAUUGAGAUGCCCUGUCCGCAUUGCGUCAGCUUCAAUGUGUUGCAUGAUCAUGGAAAGCUGAUUAAGAUUCAUAGCAUGACCUUUAAUGAUAACUUGGAAGUUGAUUUUGAGUGGAAUGACGGCGAUAUUACCUUCAACAACUGGGAAUAUUGUACGGCGAAAGAUCGUCGCUUUUGUGCUGAGAAAUUGGUCCGCAUGGAGGCGGUGGGUCCCUAUAAAUACCAGACUGGGGAGGGUCCUAAUCCGCCGCCAUUGGGUCGCAGCAUAUUCGAUCUUGGCUUUGGCAAAUUCAAUCGUCGCGGCUGCAUAACGGAAAUACCAGAUCACAUGUCCAAGACGACAGAAUUCUACGUCGACUCUCCCGAAGUGCGAGCCUGGAUACAAAACAAUUGUCGCCAUGGCGAACUUAGAAAUAAACACGUAGACCAAAUGGUAAUGGCGCAGUUUGCACGGCAAAUCCUGCAAAAUAAUUUGGAAAAUGUAAAGGAAUUAGUUGAAGAAUUGCCGGGAGAAAUUGCCCCAUGUGUGUUGCCCAAGAGUCAGAGCUCCCUGUCGGCCAAAGAGGUGCGACUGAAUGUGGCCAGCAGUUGCGAUACUUGCAGCUCCAUAUUGGAUAACAGGCUAAAAACGAAAAUGAAUCAAGAACAGACACAAAUUCAAAUUGAAAGAGACGCAUGCCUCAUAAAUUAAUCGAUCGAAGGUUUCGUUCUUUAUUAAUGUUCUCAAUGCGAUUAACCCAAAUUCUCAAGUCUUUAUGUUCUUUUAUUUUUUUUUGUCUGUUUUUAUUUUCUGGGUCAAAGGCAUAUACAAAAAUAUAUUGCAUAUCCCAAGGCGUUGGUUCA